AUGAGGGCUUUAACUAGUUUCAUUAUUCUCAUUUCACUAGCGGCGAGCGGAGCUGCACAUUUGCAUGGUGAAGAGUAUCUGCCCACAACACCCAUUCCACAACUUGUGCGGGAACUCAUCUCACCUGAUGAUGAUGAUGAUGAUGAUGAUGAUAAUGAUGAUGGGAAAAUAGCGUUGAAUGUGGCCGAUGGAGGAAUUAUUGAAAGUGGACGCGGGGAUGCCUCCAAGAAAAGUUGGGACACAAGGCGUUGCGCCGGUGCCUUUGAAACGUUGCGACGUAGCAAAACUUUAUGCUCCAACUACGCAAAUGCCGAUGGAUGCAACGUCGUGCACGUUUCUGCUGGAGAAAGAUUUGGUGAGAGGAACCAAAGUUUCUCAAACCUUCUUGCGAGAAAGGGAGAGGCGUUUUCUUCAACGCUCCGUGGCAGACCAAAUCCCUUUCUCCUCCGACAAACUUCCGUCAUGGGCGUGGCUAUUAAGGAGACUUUGCAAGCAUGCGAAAGACCUGCCGAGGAGGGCGAAAACAACUUCUGCGCAACAUCGUUGGAGUCCCUGGUUGACUUGAGCACGUCGAAGUUGAGGAGCAAUCGCUAA